AUGGCAGAAAUAGAGGAGGCAGCUUUCCUAGAUGCUCUGGAUAUGAAACUGAGAAAGUGGGAUUCAGAACUCCCUGCCAAUUGUCCAGCUCUGGAUCCUUCCAUGCAGACUCCAGAGGAUGAGCAGUGGACCCCACCCACACUCCAGGAGCUGGCAGGGUGCAGCCUCCUGAAGGACAAGUACAGGGCCAUCCUAGCUCUGGAGGACCUGCCCAUAAAGCUCUUCCCACCACUCUUCAUGGAGGCCUUCAGCGGGGGACACACUGAGGUCCUGAAGAAAAUGGUGCAGGCCUGGCCCUUCACCUGCCUGCUCCUGGGGGCCCUGAUGAAUAUGCUACAGCUGGGGAUGAUCCGAGUGGCACUGGAUGGGCUGGACAUGCUGGCUGCCCAGCAGGAUUGCCCCAGGAGGUGGAAACUGCAGGUGCUGGAUUUGCAGAAGCCCCUGACACAUGGGAACUUCUGGAGGACGUGGUCUGGAGCCAUGGUCGAUGCCUGCUCACCAGGAGUCAUGAAGGAGAGGCAAACAGUGAAGGCCUCUCCAGACACAGGGCCCACUCUGCCCUUGAAGGUGUUAGUAAACCUGUGCUUCCAGCAAAGACCCCUGAAUGCAUUCCUCUUCUUCCUCUUUCACUGGGUGGAUGAGAGGAAGGGUCUGAUACAGCUGUGCUGCAACAAGCUGCAGAUGUGCCCUUUGCCUUUCCGUACCAUUGACAGGAUCUUGGAGAGGUUGGAUCUGGACUUUAUCCAGCAGUUGGAUAAGGAGAGAGAUCAGUUGAUGAAUGACAUUACCUCACAGUUUGCCAAGAUGGACAGCCUCCGGGGGCUGUACCUGGAUGGUGUCUUCCUCCUAGAUGGCCGUCUGUGCCAGGUGCUCAGGCUCCUGAAGACCCUCCUGGAGAUCCUCUCAAUAACCAACUGCCAGUUCUCAGAUCCAGACUGGAAUGAUCUGUCAGGUUCUCCAAACCUCGACCAGCUAAUACACCUGACGUUGUGGGACAGCAAAUUGACGAGUUUCAGUCCUGAGCCCCUCGUACUUCUGCUAGAGAAUGCUGCAGCCACCCUUGAGACCCUAAACUUGCAGGACUGUGGGAUCACCAACUCCCAGCUCCAGGCCAUCCUACCUGUCCUGAGCUGCUGCUCCCAGCUCAGGGUCUUGAGCUUCAAUGGGAAUGACAUCUCCAUGUCGGUCCUGAGCAACCUGCUGCUUCACACUUCCAGGCUGACCUGGUUGAGCCUAGAUAAGUACCCUGCCCCUCUGGAGAGCUAUGAUGCCCAGGGUGCCAUCCACCCAGGGAGACUUUUCCAACUCAUGGAUGAGCUGAUGGAGAUACUGAGGGAUGUGAGAGAGCCAAAGAACGUCCUUUUCUAUACUAAACCCUGCCAUAGGUGUGGCAACUGGUUUAUCUAUAACCUGCCCUCCAGUCCGUGUCUCUGUUGGCUGCCUGCAUAG